UUUUGCUCUUGUGCUGUACCUCGGCGCAACAACAAGACCCAGGCGGGGCAAUGGACAUGUAAAUGACAGUAAAGGAGGAAUGGUCGUUUAAGGCGGUCUUGUUGUCGCUUAUAAGACCCCAGUGAAUAUAAUUUCAUCACUAGCGCUGUGCACUACAGCUGGACCAGCACUGUCUCAAGGUGUAGAUUUGACGGCAGUGAUGGCGAUGAAUAAGACCUAUAUAAGCGUGGGCUACGCUUGUUUUGGGGUUUUGGUGGGACUUUCAGCUUUUCUAGUGUGGAAUAUCGUUUACAAACAGCCGUGGACAGCCGCGAUGGGUGGAUUGUCAGGUGUUUUGGCACUAUGGGCUCUGGUCGCACACAUAAUGUACCUUCAGGACUACUGGAGAACAUGGCUGAAGGGGCUGAAGUUCUUCAUGUUCAUAGGCAUCUUUUUCUCCGUGCUGUCAGUCAUAGCAUUCAUCUCCUUUCUCUGUGUUGCCAUCUCCCACAAAGAAUCCUUGACAGAUCCUGCCAGUUUCUUCCUGCCAUGUGUGUGGAGCUUCAUGAGUUUGAAGUGGGCGUUCCUGCUGGCCCUCUAUUCUCAUCGAUAUCGCAAAGAAUUUGCUGACAUCUCCAUCCUCAGUGACUUUUAAAUGUACACCCACAAUAGCACACGCAUGCCCACAGACAAACAAGCGUACAUGCUUAAAAAAGACUUUGCUAUUACAUUGUUAAACAGAUAAAGAGUGCUUGAUAAGGAGUCAGGGUACUUUAUUCUGUUUAGGUACAGAAGACAUUAGUUAGUUGUUUUCUCUUUCCCUUCUCUUGUCUGUCUGUGGGAAUGUCAGGUGGCGUUAAGAUUAGAAUUGCAGUCUAUUGCGGGUGAUGUGUUAGCACAUUAGACUUAAGAGACUAUCACCUCUUAAAGGUUUUCAUCACUGUUUUAAAUGUUGGAUUCUUGUUAGACAUGUUAGCAUGUAAGACCAUUUUUUUUUUUUUUUAAAGCGUAUGAUCAAAAUCAAUAAAUCUGAGCCUUUUUAUUGUGUCCAUACACACACACACUAUCCUAAUGUGUUUCUACUUGGAAUUUCUGAAUGAGGUAUUAUGAUGAGCCUUCUGUCUUUCUCCCUGCUGCUGUUCUCGUUGUCUUGAAUGUUUUGCAGUCUCACUAUUGGACACCGAUAAGUGACGGAUUUCUAUUGUAUCAGCUGUUGACCAUCAGAUGUCACGAACAGACAAUUUUGCUUUUGCAACUACAGAUGAUAUGAUAGCAUUUUGGUAUGUGACUAAAUUCUUGAAUAAGCACUUUAUUGUAUGUAAACUGUUAAACGAGCUACUUCACUGUUAAGGGUCACAUUGUGAUGUUAGAAAACCCAAAGCAUUUUGUUAAUUGAUUUUAGAUAUUUUUAUAAACCCUAAUCAUGAUGACAGGAGCAACUCAUUUUUCGACAGCACACUUUUGAAAUAAAUUAAUGAUCAGAAUCAAAUGAUUAGCAUAUUUAUGUAGCAGUGAUGUCAUUUUGUUCUGGGAAACAAAGAGUUAGUGAUUUGACAAUGUAACAUUUGAACCUUUUUGAUGGUUUAAUGUGUUUGAGUAAUACGAGCACACAUAUGGCAGUUGAUUAUCACCUGCCCAUAAUGUCACAUGUGUUAUAAGGCUGAUUGUAAGUUUGUAUAUGUUCACUCAUAUAAGACAGCAUGCAUUUUUUUACAUUAUGUUGAUAUUUCUUAUAUUUACAUAUAGAUUGUGAUUAAAUGUGUUUUUAUCUUUUGCCUAACAUUUCGGAUAAUUUUAUAGACAUAUCCAUUAUGUCAUGAAAUUAACAUUAUGUAUGUAUACGUGGGCAAACCAUUAAUAAAAUAACCUACCUUUAUAUGGGAGUCCAGUGUUU